AUGGUCUGCCUCCAGGAACCCUGUUCCGCUUCCCGUAAGCUCGUUGGCUACCAAUACCACGGCUUACGUAAGAACGAGGAGGCUUGUAUAUUGUCCAAGCGUGGCAUCCCCUGCCACACGGUUUUUGCUUCCCGUGACCUUGUCGUGGUCAAGGGAAACAACUAUGGUAUAGCGUCAUGGUACUUUCACGGCACGGAUAUGCCUAGGAGGGAACUGGCGCUCUCUGAGCUUGACCAGGUCCUUUCCACGUGGCCUGUGUCCGUCCCGCUCUACAUCUGUGUCGAUGCUAAUGCUUGGCACAUAGCUUGGGGCUCAGAGCUAACUGCUAGCAACCUGCGGUUACCCUGUCAGGGUAUCACAGAUUCCUUGAGCACCUUGGUAAAACAAUUUACGCCCGAAGCCCCAGCCCCCUCUGACACCACCUGGUGGACGGGCGAGCUGUCUAGGCUGAAGGCGAAGCUUAAAAGGGCCCAGCGGACGUUCUACCGCCAUAAAAGGUUAAACGGCCCGGAUGCACCUUCCACGGCGCAUUAUCGGGAAAUCCGCGACGUUGCCAGACGUAAGUUCUGUGCCGCUGUCGAAGAGGCCAAGGGAGCAGCUGCUCGUAGAUUCUUUGAGGAUCUGCAGCACUACUCUCGUUGUGUUAAACGAGGUUGUCCCCGAAUUCCUCCUGCGGCCAUAUGCCCGCAUGGAGUGAAUCAAGCGGACUUCCUCCUACGUAAGCUCUUCCCCCGUGAUCCCGAAAGGGCUGCGGAGGUCGAUGCCUUGGUUCUACCGCCGCAAGCCGAUCCCAUCCCGGCGGUCACCUACUCUGAGCUCAGAGAGGCGGCCGAUGGUCUACGGAGAAGCGCGGCCCCUGGAAAGGAUGAUGUGACCAAUGGCAUCAUUCUCGAUACUCUCGAGGUGCUGAAGGACAACUGGUGUACCCAGUUCACUGAAGCUCUUGAGACUGGUAUAUAUCCCGAUGGGUGGAAGUCAUCUAAAGGGAUCUUCAUUCAUAAGACCGGCAGGGACCCCACCAAGCCUAACGGCUGGAGGCCAAUCUGCCUGGUCGGUUCAGGUAGCAAGCUGUUCGAACGUCUCAUAAUAGAACGGCUUGCCUCUUGCCCGCAGAUCCAGAAACGAUUGGACUCUCCCAUUGUCCAUGGAUUCUGCAAAGGCAAAUCGGUUGACUCUGCUGUCCUGCGCGUGGUCGAAGCGUUCAGGGCUGGCAGAAAGAGGAGUAAGAGCGCGCCUAUUGCACUUGUCCAACUCGACGUGCAAAACGCGUUCAGCUCGGUAAAACACAGCCACAUCCUGGCAACCCUGGCCCAAUACGAUGUCCCACGCUAUCUAGUGAGCAUUGUUGAAGGCUACUUGAGGGCCCAGAGUGUUUCGGCUGUCUAUGGUGCAGACGUGGCCACUCUGAACUUCAACGAGGGGUGCCUCAGGGCAGUGCCCUGGGCCCCUUCUUGUUCCUUCUAUCCACCCUGCCGCUUGUAG